AUGUCCCUCCUAAAUGUCCCUGCGCCCCCUGCCCCCUCAAACAACCCCUUUGCGCUGUCCCGUUUCCUGCCUCAGGCGCCCAGCCUAGCCACGGUGCUGCCCGGCGUGGAGCGCCUGCUGGCCAUCGGCGACCUGCACGGCGACCUGGACAAGGCGCGCCGCGCUUUCCGGCUCGCGGGCCUUGUGGACGACCGCGACCGCUGGGCCGGCGGCGCCGCCACCGCCGUCCAGGUGGGCGACAUCCUGGACCGCGGCGACGCCGAGAUCCAGCUCUUCUUCUGGCUGGAGCGGCUGCAGCGCCAGGCCGCCGCAGCCGGCGGCGCCCUGCACGUGCUCAACGGCAACCACGAGACCAUGUCGGCCGCGCGCGACUUCCGCUUCGCCACCGCCGGUGGGCUGGAUGAGUUCUCGCGCUUCGCGCGCGCGCACGCGCUGGAGCUGGCCCUCAAGGCGCGGUGUGGCUGCUUCGGCGCGGACGGCAACACGGCCGCCGCAGCCGCCGCCUGGCGCGGCGAGAUGCGCGAGUUCCGGCGCGCGGAGGGCGCCGACGCACGCUACGCCGCGCUGCGGCCCGGGACGGGUCCCCUGGCCCGCCGCUUCCUGGCGCCGCACCCGCUGGUCCUGCAGGUGGGCGCCACCGUCUUUGCGCAUGGCGGCGUGCUCCCCGACGCCGAGGCCUGCGACUGCGCCGGGCUUGCAGAGUCGCUGGCCAGGAUCCCGGGCGCGGCGCGCAUGGUGGUGGGCCACACCAUCCAGCAAGAGGGCAUCAACAGCGCGUGCGGGGGCCGAGUCUUCAGGGUGGACGUUGGGCUGUCUCGCGGGUGCGGGGACGGGCUACCCGCCGUGCUGGAAAUCAGGAACGACUCCGUGAUGCAGAGGCUGAUGGAGGCGCCCGCGCCGAGCCCCCUGCCGCAAGGGCUGGGUGCCCAGGAAGCCGCCGAGCAGCUGGGGCGGCAACCAGUCCCCGUGCCGGCUUGA